CGUGAAUCGUCGUUAGUUCAUCGCAUUUCAUUCUACAAUGCACGUUUGCGAUGACGACCACAUUUCGCUCUUUCACGUUGCCAUUUCCAUCCGGUUACAAAGCUGGUCAAUCGGCCACGGCCUUUCUCCAAUUUAAGAAUACUAGAACCUAUGUGUUAUUAGGUUCUCCUUCGCAAAUGUUCUAGACGCGAUCGUUUUGUGUGAGGCGCGUCGGUGGUGGAUGUGAUUAUCUUCAUGACGGGAGCCCCGCUGUCGCCCCAACACUUCACCCAGCACAUCGAAAUCGUCGCACUACCAGCUUUAGGGGUACAUCACAAUCGCGAAAAUGCCGACCGCUUUACAUCCCCAAGCCAAGUUCGACCCGAUCCCUCCCGACUUAGACCUUCACGCUCUCGUCGAUCGCUCCCCAAACUUCGACUGGGUGGUGCGCAUCUCUACCGCUCAGAUCAGACGCCUCGGUCCUUCGGGUUUCGAAAAGUUGGUACAGUUGCACGUAAUUGAAGGAGGUCGGCCGUUAGUAAUAGAAGGAUGGAACAAAGUUCUCCCCGAGGAUUUAUUCAGUGCGGCUUGGUUGGAGAAGACGUAUGACAAGAAACAGGAAAAUGUUCGUGACAUAAAUGCGAAAUCCGACAUUCCAAUGACUACUGGUCAUUACUUGCGAUCGAUGCGGCAGUUGACAAAUCAAUGGUCCUCUACUAAUUUCCGCGACGAACGCCGACAACGUCUCUACUUGAAGGACAUAGACUGUCCCCCUGAAUGGUACGACCAUUUAAAGAGGGUCAUCCCGCCGAACGUCUUCUAUAUGAACGAGAACGUUAGCGAGAACCCAAGUGCCGACGCACGAAAUGACGAUAUCUUCGGAGCGCCAGAAAAGACCGCUGCUGUGGCGGGUGACUUGAUGAGUAGUCUCCCGGAAGAGAUGCGCGCCCAAAAUCUCAUGUGCUACAUAGGCCAUGAAGGAACAUAUACCCCUGCGCAUCGAGAAAUGUGUGCAAGUUUGGGUCAAAACAUUAUGGUCGAAGCCUCAGGUGACCAACAUGGGGAAAAGCCUGGUAGUUCAAUCUGGUUUAUGACCGAGACUAAAGAUCGUGAAGUUAUACGGGAAUAUUUUUUGUCGAUGCUUGGUCACGAUAUCGAGAUUGAGAAACAUUUCGCACAAAUCAACGCCUGGAAGAAGGCCAAUUUCCCAGUUUAUAUCGUCGAACAAAAAGUCGGCGACUUCAUUUUAAUACCACCUUUAGCGCCCCACCAAGUCUGGAAUCGCGGAACGAGAACCAUGAAAGUGGCGUGGAAUAGGACAACAGUUGAAACCCUUAAUUUAGCCCUUCAUGAAGCUCUACCAAAGGCGCGACUUGUUUGCCGAGAUGAACAAUACAAAAACAAGGCCAUCGUUUAUUACACUCUGGAAAAGUAUUACAAGGAACUUCAAGCACCUGAAGAUACUUCCGAAGUUGGUUGGUUGGGUCUUGGCCAAGAACUCAUCCAAAACCCAGCACGCAUGAAACAGAUGGCCAACGAUUUCAGACGUUUAUUUGGGCUCUUCACUGAGAUCCUCAUUGAUGAGAUGUUUGGGUAUAAGCAAGCAAACGUCGAGCAUAUUCCAUUCGACUCGAACAUCACAUGCUCAUAUUGCCGAUCCAACAUUUUUAAUCGCUUUUUGACCUGCAAGUGUUGCGUCCGGCUUCUCAUUAACGGGGACGAAGAUACUUACGAUAUCUGCAUGGAAUGCUAUGCAAUGGGCCGUUCGUGUGUUUGCAUCUCUGGCCUUCAAUGGUGCGAACAAUGGGAUUUGUCCGACCUCGUUGAGAAACAUGAGACUUGGCGAGCGAUGGUGAUUCAACAAGACGGGUUUGUCGAUGUUGAUUUCUCUCCUCAACCUAUUGAAAUUGCGCGCAGGAAGACGGGCAAGAAAUCCGUGGCCCAAAUUUGCCAAGAGCAAUUACGAAAACGACCUUGGAACGAUAUCACCAAGCCGCCUGAACCCCCAGCUGAAGAAUCCGAACCUGAAGUUGACGAUGAAGGACGCAUCAAGAAAAAGUCGAAAUCAAAACGAAAAACGAAGAAGGGUGAUGUUUAUCGCUGCCACGUAUGUUGCCAUAAGGAGUACACAUACAAACUAAAUUUCUGCACAAUAUGUCCGAAUGCUUAUUGCUAUGGCGUCUUAUGGCGGGCAUUUGAUAUGAUGCCGCAGGCAGCAAUGGAGGAAGAGAACUGGCAAUGUCCUAGGUGUCUCAAUAUUUGCAAUUGCGGGUCAUGUAGGCAAAGCGGCAAUACAACCCCUUACGUCCCCAAGAAUACCCUCCUUGGGCAUGAUACGCGUCCCAUUGCAGAUGAUCGUAGCGUCGAGUCAAUCGUCGAUUUCCGACAACACAAUCUCAGUUGGCUCAAAGCCGCAGGGGAGGAGAAUCGAAGUAAGGACACGAGGCGGAUGCAACGACUGAAACAACAGGCAGAUGCAGAGAAGGCUAAAGAUCCACUGGUAUCACUAGCAGCCGCGGACGAUGCGCCCCAUGAGAUGGACUCUGCCCUUCAGGAUUCAAUUAUGAAUGGCUAUGGGGAUCAAAGCCACAUUUUGGGUCACCCUCAUGCUCCUACAAACGACCACGAGAACGGCCACGAGAACGGCCACGUACCCAUGGAAAAUGGACCAGACGAAGAGGCUGGGCCGGCUAAUGGCACUGAGAACGAGAAUAUUGACGCGUCUCUUCUUCAGGACGGCGAAGGGGAGUCGGCCUAUCCAGACCCGUCUCGUUACCCUGAUCCAUCAGUAGUGAGCCGCGAACGAAUGAUGGGGAUGGGAUUCUACGAUCAAGACGAGAGUACCGAUAAAAUCUUGUUCGAUCCUUUCCAAAUGCCAUCUGCCGAUGCUCUCAACAACGAACCGGAAAUGUCCGAGUUCGUUAAGAAGACGCUCCGGCUCGCAAAAAGGAAGGCUCGGCUCGAGAUUAACGAUGAUCCCGAUUUCAGAGGCCCUAGAAGUCAACCGCGCAAGAAACCGAAGACCGGAAAUAUCGACCAACUCGUCAACUUGGACCCAGCAUUACUGGGUGCUCUUAGCAAUGAUAUCUCUACGCCGACUAGAGCAACUGCUCCUAGUGGCCCUGGUGAAGAACCCGCCGAAACUAACGCAGAUGCGCAACCGGGGGAGACUUCGGAAGCAAACCCCCCUCCCAAACCGGCGAGACGCAUCCUCCCUAUUGAUCCUCUUAGACCUACCUUACGACACGCCAAACCCAUAGCGUCAUAUGUCGAAGCCGAGGAGCCUGCUGAAGACCCAAAUGAUAGUGUCCUUAUUAAAUCUCUAAGAAAACCGGGACCAGAAAAUCAGAAUGGUGUACCAGGCACAAAACUAAACCCUGUGGAUUUGGCGGUGGAUGCGAUUCGAGCCUUGACGCAAAUUCCUAGUAUCGAAACCGAGGACCCGGCCGUUGCCCCUAAGAGUACCCCACGGCCGGGUGCUAAAAGGCGAGGCCGACCGCCCCGAAACUCUACUGGCACACCUAAUGCACCUUCCAUAGGUAAAAAGCGGGGCCGACCGCCGAAAUCUACACUUCCGACCGAAAACAACGAUGAUAGCAUUGUAGUGGAUGCUGAAGAUGCCGACAAUUCUCGAAAUGAGGACGACUCUACGGUACGCGAACUUGAAGUUCAGCUUGCACAAGAAUUGGGCGACGAGAAUAACGAUGAGGCACCACCCAAAUCAACAUCGACCCCAUCUCGCGGUGGUUCAGCAAAGAAGAGAGGUCGACCGCCCGGAAGACCACGUGCGCAGCAAUCACCCGCGACACCUAAUCCCGACGAUUUAGCACCACCUCCAGAUGUACGUUUCAUGUCUAUGAGGGAGAGAGCAGCCUUACGUGGCAGGAAAAUCAAGAUAGGCUCUCGCGGCACAAGAAAUGGCGCAGCAGGAAGUUCUGCAACGAACUCGGCAAAACAAACACCCGUAGUUAAAGCUACACGCGAUGCAGCGGAUACACCCAUGCCAGACUUCAACGACAUCGAGGAGACUGCUAAACUCAGCUCCAAACGGGGUCGUAAGGAGUUAGUUGACCACGAUUUUAAUGGUGCCGUGGUUGAGGACUCAUCUUCGGACAGCUCUAUAACGGAACCUGAAAUUCCAGAGCGACGACAAUCCGGUAGGAAAUCGGGAGGUCCGACGGUUGUGAGACUAUCAGUUUCGGAUGAUGAUGAUAGUGUGAGCGACUCGGAUUCAGACGAUAAUGAUGACGAUGAUGGUGGGUCGGCUAGGAAACGAUAUCUUGCAACACGCGGUCGAGGAAGAGGGAGAGGUAGGGGAAGGGGUGGUAGGCCACGAGGUCGUGUCUAAUUAGACGGCCCAGGAACGAUGUGUAUAAUCCGACAUGACAGUCGGGAAAGGUUUCCCCAUCGGCACUAAUAUUUUCCAUUUCGCGUAUAACCAUGGCAUUGGGUUAUGUGAACCUGGGUUUGGCUUGCGCUUUCGCUCUGCCAUACGGCGUUACUUCACAGGGGUUAUCGCAUUAUACCAAUUGAACUGCUAUUUUUUGCGCCUACAAUACCUAGGUAUUCUACAAUAUCUCGUGGCUAGAUAAGAUAGUGCUAGCAAAAUAUUCAUGAACUAGGUACCUAAAUGAUUUUGUGUGACAGAAAAUGGUAGCACUCGGACCGAGCUGUCUUGAACCUUCCCGCCUAGGAAUAUUGGAGGCGACAUUCAUUAUAGCCACCAAUGAAUAGGUGCUACGAUUUUCAUAGGCAACGUAAUUACUCCGUUAAAUUCUAGGUCUUCGUACUUUCGAGAAGGUAUCAUGUCCAUUUCCGGAUUUUGCCCCCUGUGUCAUGGACCCAAUUGGCGAUUCAUCGCCAGACUAUUGCACAAAUCUCCGAAACGCCAACCCGU